UCUUUUUUUUUUUUUUUUUUUUUUUUUUUUUUUUUUUUUUUGGUGGGGGGUCGGGGGUGGCUUACUUCUCUCCCCCCCACCCGCGGUGUUUGGCACUUAUCAAAAACCGGCGCCCGAUCGCCGGAAGCCGAAGCUGCCGUUCGGCGCCGUGCGAAAUGGGCCGCCCCGAUUCUCCUGCUGGGUGGCAGUAGCGGGCGGAGAGUGAUGCUGCCUGUCCCCUGGGGCUACCCACAGCCCGACCCGGCUCCCUAAGCAGCCGGCGGGGACGCGAAGUGGUCAGGAGGCGCUGUGCAUGAGCCAUCCGAAGCUGUCACUUGCCAUGUGUGCUGGUGGCGUCUGGGUUGGGCAACUCCCUGGUCCCGGUACCGGGUGAUCGGGGCGGAGCGGUUUCAGCGCAGAACAGCGGGGAAGCGGCGCCGGCGGGAUCAUGGUGAAGGAGGAGUGUAAAGCGCUGCUGGAUGCGCUCAAUAAGGUGACCGCCUGCUACCGGCACAUGGUGCUAACCAUCGGCGGCACCUCGGACUCUCAGAACCUGCGGGAGGAGCUCAAGAAAACUCGGCAGAAAGCCCAGGAGCUAGCGGUGGCCAACAGGAACAAGCUCACCACGGUCCUGAAGGACAAAACCGUGAGUAAGGAAGAUAAAGCCGAGUUCGAGAGGCUAUGGGUGAUUUUCUCCACGUGCCUAGAGAUCUUGGAGAUCGAUAUGAGGAGAGCCCUGGAGCUGGGCCACGAGUUCCCCCUAAACGUCCCCAAAAAGCACCUGAUCCAGACAGGCAUGAGUGGGGGAACCUCAGGCGUGGCCGCCAGGGCAAUGAGCGUCCAGAACAUGAAAUACGAGGCUGAGCGCAAUAUAGACGUGGUGGAUUUGAAAGACCUCGAGAACGAAAUUAACCAGGUAGGAGAGAUGAUGUACGAGAUGGAGAUGAAGGUCAAUGUCCCCCAGUGGACAGUAGAGGCUAAGCAAGACCCAGGGGCUGAACUAAAAUCCACCAUCAGUGUGGGCGCUUCUUCUAUUGGCAUGAUCUCUGUGGAGGAAAACAAAUCCUUCUGCGAUAUCAGCAAGGUUCUAGCUGGGAUUAUUUUCUCCGCUGUGCUCAUUAUCGCUAUUAUCCUGGCAGUGUGUGUGGUAAAACUCUCUUAGGGUGAUGCAGGCUCUGACAAGAGCAGCCCCCUCUGGAAUGUUACGCGCUUCACCUUUCGAUUUCAAAACGGGUGACUUGGAUGUGCUGAGAAUUCAAACCUAGCGCUUGGAAAAAACAAAACUUUUGCCUCUCAGUUUUCUAAAAGGCACGGUUUGUUUCUUCUUGCUUUUUGAAGAGGUGCAAAUCAGCCUGCAGAAUAGGAUGUCUUCACUUGCUGGACUUCUAACAGUUAACUCUGAAAUAUCAGGGUAUUAUCACUACUGGCUAUAUCAGGGAUUUGUCUGCUAUUAAUAGUUCACUAUUCUCAGAAGCCCGUAUUUUUUGCUCUUGAAUAGGCUCUGGUAUCUGUUGCUGCUCACUGUUUACAAAAUUUGAAAGUAACACAAAUUGGUAAGCUAGCACGGGUCUUUUGUCUGACAAAAUGGGGUUUCUCAACAAAUGCAUAAAAUGUUACUCCAGUAGAGGAAAAGAAUGAAAAGCUUCUAUUUUAGAUAAAUUAAUAGUUAGGGAGGGGGAAGGUGUGGAGAAGGACAGAGAAAACAGAACAAAUUAUGUUUGAUACUAAAUACCAUUUGUUGAUUUAGACUGGAUUGUACAGAACCCUGUUUCAUGGGCUGGCACAGCAUAUGGGAAUGACUAAUCGCUUCCAAAAUCCAACGGGAAAAAGGGGGAGUUGCACAUUCAGAACACAUACUAGUAAGGCUCCUGGUUCUCAUUUACCACAACUUAGUUUUCCCCAGCAGAAAGGUGGAUUCUUUUGCUACUGGUUCAGAUUUUUUUUUCUGUAGAAGCAAACAGUUUGCACUUCACAUAUAACUAUAUAAAAACUACAUAAAAUAGAAGCAGUGAAUGUACCUAUAGCAGAAGCCGUAAUUAUUGAAAACAGAUAUUGGCAAACAAAAAUGCUGUUGAGUUAAAUGCUGUUGAACUUUUUAUUAACCCAAAGAGAUCUCCUCACUUGUUAACAGGCAGGCAUUGAUGCCUGUAUAUGUACUGCCAGAUUUCUGCAUGCUCUUGAAUUCUUUACAGAAAUCCAGAUAAAGCUAAAAAUGUCUCAGUUUCAUAUCUCUUUCAUCCCUGAUUAAUCAUUUGGGAAACACGAAGCUUGUAGGGUUGAUCCUAUUUGGUAAAUUGCAAUUUUGGGAGGCAAGUGCAAUAGCAGUAUAAAACUUUCCAGUGCUUUCCUACAGAAUUGUCAACAUCUAAAUGUUAAACUGAGGAGACAAACACUAACUUUGCAAACAAGCUCUAUAAUGUUUUGUAAAAGAACCUAUGUAUUAUGGUAUUUAUUAUGUAACUUAGGGAAUUGCCUCGUUACUGCAAAUACAUGCACUCUCCAUUCUAAUGCUUGGUACUUACUUUAUAGUGCCACUCCACAGACAACUACAAACACCCAGUAAUACUGUUUCUUAAGUAAGUUGUUAUUCUUCUGCAUUGAUUAUGGACACAUUAUCAAAAAGUAGCAAUUGGACACUUUUUUUAAUUACAGUAAUUUCAUGCUUGUUAAAUAAAAUUACAUUGACAACACUCACAAACAGCUAGUAAUUUUGAACUAAGAACUAAACAUACUUUGAAAAACUACAGCAAACAGUUUAUUUUUUUAAAAUUCAAGAGAGAUGAAUUUGGGGACAAAAAGCAUGUUAGAAAUUUGAACCUGAUCACUUGUGAGAAAAAAUAGUGUAGGUGAGAAAACUAUUAAGUGGAGGCAUGAACUAUAAAAGCUAAAGACUAUCAAUAUGCUGAAGCACAAUGUAAGUUCUGCACAUUGGUCCAGUGUGGCUUCAUUCUCAUGGGAAUUCAGUUUUAUGAGAUGACUCUGCACUCCUUUUUAUCAUGUUCACUCAUUCCAUAGGAUGUGUUUUAUAUGUAGUUAGUCUAGGUUUGUAGGAAUUCCUGGCAUCAUUUUAACAAGGUCAAGCCUGUAUUUAUCGGUGCUACUGUUUCAGUCUGUCUAGACAAUGUCUAAUUGCUGUGUGUUAUUUAAAUGAGAAGUCCUUCACAAUCAUAUUGAGUAAAUGUAUUUAUGGAAAAUACAGCAAAAACUGCAGUAGAAUGUACAUGUUUGGAUUUCCACCACUAGUCAGUAAGGAUUUGUGGGUAUUCUCACUCUUUGCACUCUCCUUUUACUUAGUUCACAGGAAGAUGGGUGAGAAGGUGGACUUUAGUCUUGAAAACUCAAAUGUUUAUUUUGAAAUCAGAUCAUUUAACUAGAUGUUCCGAAAACCCAAAUAAUACAAGUCUGGUUUCUGGUGAAUAUGUAAAUUAUAACACCUAUAGCAUUCAUUAUCUUGUAUUUUGGUACCCUAAAAUGGGUAUACUGUUUAUCUAUGGUUAGUUGUAUAGAAGAAUUUUUAAGAACAGAUAAUCUCAUCUUCAAAAGCAAGCCUUAGGGAGCUGGUAAAUUGUAAAUUUUCAGUCCAUUGCAUUUGUUUUUAAAUUUGUCUUUUGCAUACAGGAUUCAAAGAAUUCCUAUAAGUAGCCAAUAAUUGUGUAUAUCUUGCUUCAUUAUGAAUAUGCACACAAUAAGUAUUUAAAGGAUUGGGCCUUAGAAAAACAAUGUAUUUUCAAAUCUUAAGACAAAGCUGUCUGCAGAUUUUUUCAUCAUGAGUUUGUUCCUAAAAAUCUGUAUCAUCUUAUAUUUAGGCUAUCUGAAAUUAAUAGAUUAAGUAGAAUCCUAACAGAGGAUUGGCACCAUCUAAAUGGGUAAUCUUCCUGCCAUUAAUCUCCUACACUUGAUACAAGUGUAUGUUCAAUGUGACAGGCACAACAGCGCACAAAAUCAAAGCAAGAUGAAACCACCACUGCCCAAAAUUUGCACUGUUGCUUCUUUUAAAGUAAGAAAUAAAAAGUUCUUUUAGAUUUGUAGGUCUUCAUUUUUUUCCCCCUGGAAUACAACUGGAAAGAGACUGGAAAUGCUGUUUUUCUGAGUGAAAAAUGGGAAGCAGCAUGAUGAAAAUGAAAAUACUGUCAUGCUGAUCAGUGAAUGAGAAUGUUUUUGUGUUGUCAAGUACAAAAGGAAAUGGUCAUUGCUUAAUUUCAGUGUUCUACUUCUGCUCUUUUGUCUUUUUUCACAGGAUACACAUGGAACUAUUAAGUUUGUUAUGUAGUAGAAUCUUACUCCUGACUUGAAUUAUACUGAUUUUGCCUGGGCAUGGGUGGUAUUUUCUACACUUGGAAUUAUUCAAACUUGUUACUGUCACUAUUUAUUUAACUUAAAAUAAAGUACAUUCU